GUGGGUACCACACCCGCUCUGAGGAGCAAGUGUCGGGGCCUGUCUCGCUGAGGGACCUCUGGCCUCAGUUUUCCUGCCUGUUAAGUGGGGCCCCGACCCUACGACCGCCGCAACUCUAUCACUGCCUGCUCUCGCCCUGUCCUUUCCCUCCGCCGCCGCCCGCUCCCACCAGUCUCCGGAGCAAUUCUGAGGACUGAAUGCCCUUCCGGGCACGGGAGGCUGGGCGGACAGGGGAGGGGAGGGAGAGUCCGGGAGCCCUGAGGCAGGUCGCAGAACUGGUCUGAGAGAAAAUCCACAAGGCGACAGGGUGAAACCGGUCAGCCUCUGGCGUCAGGCGAGUGUGGGUUCGAAUCCUGCUCUACCUCUGAUCUGCUGGUUUUGAAACCUUCAUCUCUCUGGGUCUCGGUUGUCCCCUCGGUGAGACGGAGCCCUGCUGGAGACGAAGGCUGGGAAGCGUCCAGCAGGGGCUCUCUGGCCUGAGCCCAUGAAGUCCCCGCCACCCGCGUCCCUGCCCCAGCCCGGCGCGGCGCCUCCCAACCCCAGGUCCCCGCGCCCGAGGCUCCUCCUCCGCUGACAUCAGAGCCGCAGGGCGGAGAGCGGCAGCCGAGCCAGGCCGAGCCCCGGCGAGGGAGCGGGCGAGCGGGCCAGGCGCGCAGCGGUUGCGGACGGCGGCCGGAGCUCGGCGCCAGCCACCUCGGGCCCCCCAGCCAGCCUCGCGGCGGGGCAGCCGCAGGAGCCCUGGCUGUGGCCAGAGGGCAGUGGGCCAUGCCGGGGGCAGUGGAAAGCCCCAGCUGGAAGCAGGCAGAGGACAUUAGGGACAUUUAUGACUUCCGAGACGUUCUGGGCACGGGGGCCUUCUCAGAGGUAAUCCUGGCAGAAGAUAAGAGGACACAGAAGCUGGUGGCCAUCAAAUGCAUUGCCAAGAAGGCCCUGGAGGGCAAGGAGGGCAGCAUGGAGAAUGAGAUUGCUGUCCUGCACAAGAUCAAGCACCCCAACAUUGUAGCCCUGGAUGAUAUCUAUGAGAGUGGGGGCCACCUCUACCUCAUCAUGCAGCUGGUGUCCGGCGGGGAGCUGUUUGACCGCAUCGUGGAAAAAGGCUUCUACACAGAGCGGGAUGCCAGCCGCCUCAUCUUUCAAGUGCUAGACGCUGUCAAGUACCUGCAUGACCUGGGCAUCGUACACCGGGAUCUCAAGGUAUCAGUUUCCUCAUCUGUAAAGUGGGAUUAUCCAGACUGGACCAGCAGGGACGUGCCAGAGAAUCUGUUGUACUACAGCCUGGACGAAGACUCCAAGAUCAUGAUCUCCGACUUUGGCCUCUCCAAGAUGGAGGACCCGGGCAGUGUGCUCUCCACCGCCUGCGGGACCCCGGGAUACGUGGCCCCUGAAGUCCUGGCCCAGAAGCCCUACAGCAAGGCUGUGGAUUGCUGGUCUAUAGGAGUCAUUGCCUACAUCCUGCUCUGCGGCUACCCACCCUUCUAUGACGAGAAUGAUGCCAAACUCUUUGAACAGAUUUUGAAGGCCGAGUAUGAGUUUGACUCUCCUUACUGGGACGACAUCUCUGACUCUGCCAAAGACUUCAUCCGGCAUUUGAUGGAGAAGGAUCCAGAGAAGAGGUUCACCUGUGAGCAGGCCUUGCAGCACCCAUGGAUUGCAGGAGAUACGGCUCUAGAUAAGAAUAUCCACCAGUCAGUGAGUGAGCAGAUCAAGAAGAACUUUGCCAAGAGCAAGUGGAAGCAAGCCUUCAAUGCCACAGCUGUGGUGCGGCACAUGAGGAAGCUGCAGCUGGGCACCAGCCAGGAGGGGCAGGGACAGACGGCGAGCCACGGGGACCUGCUGACGCCAGCAGCUGGGGGUGAGGAGCACGGCUCUCUGGAAGGGCACAGGUGGUCCACGAAGAGGUGCCAGGCUGGAGUGGAGAGUCUGCCCCAACAGCCAACUCUGUUCUCUCUUUCUAUGUAGGGCCGGUGGCUGGCUGCUGCUGUCGAGACUGCUGUGUGGAGCCGGGCCCAGAACUGUCCCCCACACUGCCCCCCCAGCUCUAGAGCCCUGGAUUUAGAGUCAGGAACCCCUGCAUGGGAGGGGUUGGAGGCAGCCUGCUCCCCUUCCCUCUCUGAACUAGGGAGUUACCCUGUCCCAUACCCUCCCCACCCACUUCCCUACCACUGCUCACUGCAUUUUCCAUACAAAUGUUUCUAUUUUAUUGUUCCUUCUUAUAAUAAAGGGAAGAUGAUAAAACCAUA